UCACUGCAGUUUUGUAUUUAUUUUGUCACGCACAUCACAAGUCACGCAGCUGGUUAUCGUGAAUUAUUCUGGUCAUUUCUUUUUAUUUCUCUCUAGAAUUUAAACAAAAUCAAUGUCGUAUUCAGAAUUCUGAAGUUCAACUCAAUGUGAUCAAAUUUUAGUAUGAUUUUAAAUUACUACUGAAGUGGUAGUGCUGUGUGAAGUUGGUGCACCAGUACCAGUGAUCAACCAUGUCUGCGAAUAUUGCAGCUUCAAGAAUCAAAAGAGAAUUCAAAGAGGUCAUAAGAAGUGAAGAGGUAGCUAAAUGUGCAAUCAGAGUUGAAUUAGUUAAUGAUAACUUCACAGAACUGAGAGGAGAAAUCUCUGGACCUCCAGACACUCCUUACGAAGGGGGCACAUUCAAACUAGAGAUCAAGAUCCCUGAAACGUAUCCCUUUAAUCCACCCAAAGUAAGAUUUAUAACAAAAAUUUGGCAUCCUAAUAUCUCGUCAGUCACUGGAGCAAUAUGUUUAGACAUCCUCAAAGACCAAUGGGCAGCAGCUAUGACUCUACGAACUGUUUUGUUAUCGUUACAAGCUUUAAUGUCAGCUGCAGAGCCAGAUGACCCACAAGAUGCUGUUGUUGCCAAGCAGUAUAAAGAAAAUCCUGAAAUUUUCCGGUCCACAGCCUCACACUGGACCAACGUCUAUGCUGGAGGUCCUCGGGUGAACGAAGAAUUUAACAACAAAAUCCACCGACUUAAGGACAUGGGUGUCGAGUCAGAUCAAGCUCGAGUAGCAUUAUCGUCGUACAACUGGGACCUUGAAAGAGCAACGGAAGUGUUGUUUAGCUGUGAUUAAAAGAACUUUUCCCUGUUUCCUAAUUCUGUAAUUGAAGAUGCAUGAAUUUUUUUUUUUUUCUGUCCCGUGUCCACCUCUGGAACAUCUAUCGCUGUGACAACAAGCGUGAAGAAGAAUCAUUAUUCUAAACAACCAAAGUUUGCAUUAUUUAAAAUUAGUCCAGUGAGAAUCUAUUUUGAGUGUUUUGCUUUUCUUAGUAGACAACUUUCUCCGUAUAUUUUACUAUCAGCUCAUGGAAAAUUCCAUCUCCUGUGUAUCAGUAAAACUUCCACUUUUGUCCAUAAAAUUGGUUUCAACAUUUGCAUAGGCGCUAAGUUUUUUAAUUCUCUCUCACUUUUAAGUAUUUAUUUCUCCCUCUUAAAGUUGAAUGCACUGCCGUUUAGCUAGGUUAUAACUUAAAAAAUAGAAAAUGUACUGAAUCGCAUCGCUCUGUAAUUGUUUUUGGUUUACCUCUUCGCAAGAACAUAGUUUUUUAAUGUAUGUCAGUGAACAAAUUUUUCCAAUGAGAGAGAAGUCAAAGCAUGCAUUAGGUAUGGAUUAUGCCAGGCAAAUAGAAAUUAAUUUUUCUGGUUCAUCUCUAAAAGUUAUUUUUUGGAUAGAAAGAUCAAUUAUGCGGACAAUGUUUCAAAAUUUAUACAAAAAAGUAAUUCCUUUUUGCAUAAUGCUCUCCGUAUGUUGCUCAUAUUGUAGAAAAGAUUCCCAUUCCAAGUCCUUGAAAAAUUGUGCAUUAGGCUCUUUAAAUGUUGUCUAUAGAUCUUGAAAAGUAAAAAAACAAAAAUUGUGUCACGGAUUCUAACACAAGUACAAUUCACUGUAGAUGUGUCAACUUUCAUAUUUUGGUUCCAGGCUUUCCAAAUUAAUUUUAAGCAAAAUUCAUAAGAAAUCAUUAUUUGUUAGUGUUCUCAAAGAGUCACUCACCAUUCCUCAGAUCUAUUUCAAAUCCAGUCAAGAAGAAGAUUAUUCCUGCAAAGAGACUAGUAAAAAGGGAAAGUGACGGAAUAAAUAAAUGAGAAUCAGUGUGUUGAAUGAAUCAGCAUUUGUUGGUGUUUUUUUGUUAUUUUUUUCAAGUAAAAUGAAUGCUAAUAAGUUUACAAUUGUGUGAUUUUGCCUCUUUGCAAACAGAUUUUCCUAAAAAUAAUCAUUGAAGUACUGUAACAACUCGAAUUCGGACUUAAAACAAGAUCUCUUACCUGAUUCAAUUGUCAUCUUAUAGGCUUAAUCAACUAUACGCUAAUUUGACUGUCAAAUGUCAUGAGUCUGCGCUGUGCCCCAAAAUUACUAGACUUUUCUCAAAUGAAAGUAUCAUUCUUAAUAUUGAAAAAUACUCCCACCUUCUGUACGUAUCCUUGAUUAUUUAAUGAAAUGUAACUUUUUCUUUCUUCCUCUUCAUAAUGAAAAAAUUGGUGUUUUGAUCUAGCUUUGAGAAAUUAGAAGUUGGAAAACUCACUGUUAACAUACCAAUGGAUUUGCCCUGAUGAAAUAUCCUUGCAAGAUUUUAUAAUUAUAAUGCCCAGAAUAGGCUGUGAAAUUCUGAAGACUUUUUCUCUUCCCAUCUAAAAUCUCUGUGAAUCAUAAGGAUAAAAGUAUCAAAAAAAUUUUUAACCAGCGAUUUUAAUUUUAAUUGCAUCUCUUUUCUGACCCCCUAGGGUCUGGUAUGCAAAGACAACGCUCAAGUAGAACACUCAUUCCUGUUUUUCUUACAGUUAAGUAGUCGGCAGACUCAUCCAUAUUUUUCCCCCGCCAAAACUUGUUUGGGCAAUGCUGGGAACGAAAUCGCGAAUUCUAGUGGUGACCACACAUUCCCUGCAUCAGUGUCAAGUACCGGUUGUAUUUACAGGUGUCUCUUUUUUUUGGAAUGGCUAGUUUUUUCCCUCAGUUAUCUUUUUUUACAUCGAUAGUUAGUAUUCCUCUAUUCUUGAACUUUUAAGUGUCAAGGAGCGAGACUUGAAAAUCUUACUCUGUAAUGUGAGGAAACCAAUGACUUAUUUGCUUCAGGAAUGCUGCGGUAUGGAUUCGUUCGGAAAAAAAUUGAAGUCCCUACUUUCUGUUUACAGAUCUUUCAAGCGCAAACUAGAUCACAUGGAUAGGGUCAAAUUCAUUGAAAUUCGAAACAAAUAGAAUUAAAUGAAGAUCUUUAAAACCCCCAAUAAUCUCAAGGGAACCAAGGGUUUGGUUUUUUUAUUUUUUAAGUGUGUGUGUGUGUCUCUAUCUCUAUCUAUUUCAAAAUUUUUUACCUUUCGAAAACUCAGAAAAUCGACAUAAACCACUGUAUUAGGAUCAGGUAUAUCAGCCAACUUUAAUCCUCAAUUUCCAACUAGGAUUCAUUGUAUAAGUUUAUCAAUUAAAAAACUCAAUGCAUGUAUUUUGAUAUGAUUUCUCAGAAGAGACAAUACUGCAGCUCUCAUUAUGUACUGCAGCAGCAUCAAUUUGAUUGAAUUUUAAAUAUUUUUAAACCGUGCAGUUUGUUUCUUUAGCUUCUCUUUUCUUCAUCAAUCGUAGCUUUUCAAUUUAAAAGCGCAAGUAAGACUCAUGUCACCCGAGUGAUCUUGUUGGUCUUCAUAAAAAAAUUCUUAUUCUUUAAUCAAAAGGUCCGACAUUUAUCCAUCCCUCGAUUAUUUUCCUCCCCAUCCAUGAUGUUACAAUUCUUGAAAGUUGGCAACGCUGUUUUCCCUCCAUUUAAAUGUAUGAGUCUUCUCACCUAAAAUUGACAUUUUCAAUGGAUUUAAAUGGAGGAAAAACAGUGUUGCCAACUUGAAAAAUUGCCACUGAAUGAACUUGCAUAAAAGUGAAACAAAGACAUUAUUGUUUUUCGACCUCUCCCUUUUUAUCUUUCAUCAUUGUAUUGUUGAAGUUCGAAGAUAGGAAGAGAAGGAACGAUCUUUCUGUAGCCAGGCUCUUGCCUGCAUUGCUCAUUAGUCUACCUACUUAUUUUCACCAUUAACCAGCUAGUUUUUAUUUUUAUUUAAUCCGUCUGUUACUCUUCAAAAUGUAAAAAAUGUAGAUUGCAUAUAAAUUUUGUAAAAUUCAAUAUUUAGUAAGCUAAUGAAUCUGUUGUCUUAUUAAGAAAAUUAUAAAACUUUUGGAAAAAUC